AUGGAUAUAUGGCCAUGGCCACGAGGACCGUCCCACACGAUGCGUGACAUGAUGCACGAUUUUGAUCGUUUCGAAAGAAGCAUGUUCCCGUACUGGAGAGAUGCCGACCACUCGGUUCUUCAUCCAAUCAACGACGACAAAAAGUUUGUUGUCAGCUUGAACGUGUCGCAUUUUCUUCCAGAAGAGUUGAAUGUUCAUGUGGAAGGACGGGAACUGACUAUCGAAGGCAAACAAGAGCAGAAAGACACGAACAGUUAUGUGCAAAGG